CGAGGGAGGAGCCGCUCCCUCCCGCAGCAGACCCCGGGGGUCCGCCGGCAUGCCGACCGGGCCGCUGGCAGGGACGGACCUGCCGGGAGAGGAGAGCCCAAAAAUCGAUAGGUGCAGCGAGAAAUGAAGUGAAAAGCGAAAAGUGACUCUCGAAGAAAAAAGCCUUCACGGCUUCUUCACAGCCAAGCCCUCCCUUGCCAGGAUCAUUACCGAGGCGACGUGGGUGGCUGACAAACUGCCUAAACCAAACCUCGUCUUGCUCAAGCACUUGCUCUCUCUGCUCCGCCACAUCAGCCAAAAUGCUGAGACCAACAGGAUGGACUCCAGCAACCUGGCCAUCUGUGUUGGCCCAAAUAUGCUGAGCCCAGAGACGGACAGCAUGCUCCCACUGGAAGUACAGAAGGAGAUGAAUGACAAGGUGACAGCGUUGGCGGAGUUCCUCAUAAACAACUGCUCAGAAAUAUUUGAGGAAGACAUUGCUUUCCCUGUCUGUGCCUCAGCUGAGGAGUCACCAGAGCACACAGACAGCUCCACAGGAAUUGUGAUCCCUGGAGUUCUUGGAUGUAGCUCCCAGGAGGAUGCAGAAAUCAAGCCACGUGAGCUGGGUGUCGGAAAUCCCCAGUUUUCUACAGCCAGUAGAAAGGAUGCUCCCAGCAUCUUCUGGGAGCAAUACAGGUUGGAAAAGCAACAACCUAUUGGUGUGGCCCUGAAGUACUCAUUUGUGAUGUACCUUUGAAUCCAUCUGGGGACUGGAUACGUAGCAUUACAUUUCUUGUCAGGGGAGUAAUAAGCAGGUUACCAGAAGAACAAGAAAAUAACCUAAAUCCACAUUUAAAUCCUGCAAUGUACUUGUCAGUGUGAGUUUUACUGUUUGGUUUUUUAAAGAUAUUCAUUACAAAGUAAACCUUUUAACUACACAAAA